AAAAUUUGUUCGCGAGAGAGAGAGAGCGAGCAGGCUGUGGGCGGAAUGCGAGGUAGAGAGAGAGACAGGCAGAUAGAGCGGUGCAUCCCCGGUGAAUGAAUCACUGUCACUUUUCCCCCUCUUUCUUUGGAACCGCUCCGUUCCGCUGAGUGGUGUGCGCUUCCGCUGAGGGCUGCUGGCGGAGCUGAGCAACAGGGCGCCUGCACGAUGCCGCUGAGCACAGGGAGCGCGCGCCGCUAGCCCCGGCGGCUCACUGCGGAACCGAGGCGCGAGCAUGCUGGCAGCGAGCGCGAGAGAACGCCAGCCAUGUAGCUUCCCCGCCGCGUCCCGCACAGCGCACCCAACCGGGCCACAGCGCAGAUAGCUGACGACGCGACUAACCGGCUUUCAAUUGGCGUCAUACAUGCAAAGUUAGUUCGGCUGAGACAAAAGGAACUGCGUGUUUACAGCAAAACACACACACGAGUCCAGUAUGCUCCGGAGAAGCCUAAACCGGCUGUGUGGUGGCGAUGAGAAAAGAGUGGACAGCAGGACCAUUUACAUCGGACAUCGCACAUGUCCGGCUACUGAGGCCUUCAUCCCUCCUAAAUUCUGUGACAACAGGAUAGUGUCUUCCAAGUACACAAUAUGGAACUUCCUGCCAAAGAACCUGUUUGAGCAGUUCAGAAGAAUCGCCAAUUUUUACUUCCUUAUUAUAUUUUUGGUGCAGGUUAUUGUGGACACCCCAACCAGCCCUGUGACGAGUGGCUUACCACUGUUUUUCGUGAUAACAGUGACUGCUAUCAAACAGGGUUAUGAGGACUGGCUGCGGCACAAAGCAGACAACGAAGUGAAUAAGUACCAAGUGAGAGUGCUGGAGAACGGUCAGCCAGCGCGAAAGGAGAGCGAGAAGAUCAAGGUGGGUGAUGUCGUGGAGGUUGUGGAGGAUGAGACCUUUCCCUGUGACCUCAUUUUGCUGCAUUCCAGUCGAGACGACGAUACGUGUUUCGUCACCACAGCCAGCCUGGACGGGGAGUCCAACCAUAAAACACAUUACACUGUGCCAGAUACAGAGAAGGAUUUGCAGUCUCUCAUUGCUACCAUUGAGUGUGAGCAGCCCCAGCCUGACCUCUACAAGUUUGUGGGACGGAUGCACAUUUACAAGCCCGACCAGGAGUCACUAGUAAGAUCUUUGGGUCCGGAGAAUCUGCUCCUGAAAGGUGCAACUUUAAAAAACACCAAGAAGAUUUAUGGUGUAGCAGUGUACACAGGCAUGGAGACAAAAAUGGCUCUCAACUACCAGGGCAAGUCUCAGAAGCGCUCAGCUGUAGAGAAGUCCAUCAAUGCUUUCCUGCUGGUCUAUCUGUGCAUCCUGAUCAGUAAAGCAGUCGUGUGCACCACACUGAAGCACAUUUGGCAGAACCACGAAGGAUCCGACAGUGCCUGGUACAACCAGGAAACGCAGAAGGAGAAGACGACUCCUUUGUAUCUGAAGAUGUUUACAGACUUCCUGUCCUUCAUGGUGCUCUUCAACUUCAUCAUCCCUGUAUCCAUGUACGUCACUGUGGAGAUGCAGAAGUUCCUGGGUUCCAUCUUUAUCACCUGGGAUAAGGAUUUCUUUGACCCAGAGAUUCAGGAGGGGGCGCUGGUUAAUACCUCUGAUCUUAAUGAGGAGCUCGGUCAGGUGGAGUACGUUUUCACGGACAAGACGGGGACGCUGACCCAGAACAACAUGGAGUUUAUUGAGUGCUGUAUAGAUGGCUUCCAGUAUAAGAACACCGAGUCCAGAAGCGAGGUGGACGGGUUUUGUGUGACAGAUGGGCCAAUAAACAAACUCCAUCAGAAGGCUGGGAGUGAGAAGGAAGAGCUUUUCCUGCGGGCUCUGUGUCUGUGCCACACAGUGCAGGUGAAAGAGGCGGGGCCAGAUGAGAUUGAUGGCGACCAAAUAGACGGGCUGGACGGAGGACACUCCCAGCAGGCCGAGCAGACAGGAUACAUUGCGUCCUCCCCAGAUGAGGUCGCUUUAGUUAAAGGAGCCAUGCAAUACGGGUUUACCUUCAUGGGUUUGGACAGUAAAACGAUGAAGAUAAGAAACCGCCAAAAUGGCGUAGAAGCUUACGAGUUGCUUCAUGUGCUCAACUUUGACCCUGUGCGGCGGAGAAUGAGCGUCAUAGUCAGGACCGAGAAGGGUAAGACACUGCUUUUUUGCAAAGGGGCAGAUUCCUCAAUCUUUCCCAGAGUUAGGGCGGAUGAGGUGGACAGAAUUCGCAUGCACGUUGAGCGCAAUGCUACGGAGGGCUACAGAACCCUGUGUGUGGCCUAUAAGGAGCUGAGUCAAGAGGAGUAUGAUGCAGCAGAUGCAAGGCUAAGGGAAGCGCGAUUGGCUCUGCAAGAUCGUGAGGUGAAGCUCAUGGCGGUGUAUAACCAGGUGGAGACGGACAUGAGUCUGAUUGGAGCUACAGCAGUAGAGGACAGAUUGCAGGAAGAGGCUGCAGACACAAUGGAAGCCCUACAUGGAGCUGGGAUGCAAGUGUGGGUUCUCACUGGAGACAAGAUGGAGACGGCCAAGUCCACGUGCUACGCUUGCCGCCUGUUCCGGAGUGGCACAGAGCUGCUGGAGCUGACUGUGCGCACACUGGAGGAUGGCGGGAGGAAGCGCGAGGAACGACUCCAUGAGGUGCUCCUGGACUACCACAAGAGGGCAGUGCAGGAUGCAGCACCCACCAAAGGUGGAAUCACCAGGAGCUGGUCCACAGCCAGUCAGGAAUACGGCUUCAUCAUCGACGGAGCCACACUGUCUUUAGUACUGAACUCAUCUCCUGACGCAAGCCGCUACAAGAGCCUCUUCCUGCAGAUCUGCCAGAACUGCACAGCUGUGCUCUGCUGCCGCAUGGCGCCCCUGCAGAAGGCACAGAUAGUGAAAAUGGUGAAGAAUUCGAAAGGCUCUCCCAUCACCCUGUCCAUUGGAGACGGUGCUAAUGAUGUCAGUAUGAUCCUGGAGGCUCAUGUGGGCAUUGGUAUAAAGGGUAAAGAGGGGCGACAGGCAGUCAGAAACAGUGACUAUGCCAUCCCUAAACUGAAACACUUAAAGAAGCUAUUGUUGGUACAUGGCCACCUCUACUACGUCCGCAUCGCUCACCUCGUGCAGUACUUCUUCUACAAGAACCUCUGUUUCAUUUUACCUCAGUUCCUCUACCAGUUCUUCUGUGGUUGGUCUCAACAGCCCCUGUAUGAUGCAGCUUAUCUGACGAUGUACAACAUCUGCUUUACCUCCAUGCCUAUCCUGGCAUACAGUCUGCUGGAGCAGCACAUAGCCAUUGAGGUCCUGCUACAUAAUGCCUCUCUUUACAAGGAGAUAGCAAAGAACGCCAGGUUACGGUGGUGUCCCUUCUUCUAUUGGACCAUAUUGGGGGUUUUCCAGGGGCUUCUCUUCUUCUUUGGUGUCAAAUGUUUGUACAGCAACCCAGCACUGCAGGACAACGGCCAGGUGUUUGGAAAUUGGUCCUAUGGAACAACAGUUUUUACAGUCCUUGUUUUUACCGUCACACUAAAGCUGGCCUUGGACACACGGCACUGGACAUGGAUCAAUCACUUUGUGAUCUGGGGCUCACUGGCCUUCUAUGUGUUCUUCAGCUUCUUCUGGGGAGGCAUAAUUUGGCCAUUCCUGAGACAACAGCGGAUGUACUUUGUCUUCGCUAACAUGCUUAGCUCGGUGUCUGCCUGGCUGGUCAUGAUCCUCCUCAUCGUCGUCAGUCUCCUUCCUGAAAUCCUUUUGGCGGUCCUGCGUAAGCCCAGAAGUCCCCGCGCUCAACAGAAGAAGCCGGCUCGCUCGGGUGCGAGGGGAGGCCAGUCCUCCCAAUCUUCAGCCAGGCCUCUGCUCAUGAGAACCUUUUCAGACGAGUCCAAUACUGUCCUAUGAACAGAUCGGUACCGUCAUCCCAUUGUCCUACAAGCUUCUGAAAGAACGCGACUGAAGGACGUGGAAAAGCCUGGAGGGAAAGAACCUUGAGCCAUACUGGCUGCCUGUCCUUCUGCCUGGUCAGAAACGGACAAGAAAAUGGGAGCAACCAAAUGAAACGAAAUGGAAAAAUCAAACCAACAAAGCCUUUUCAUACCAGGCCUGGAUCCAGCAGCCUGACAAACCUCUGACUCUUGUUUCUCUCCCGUUCAUCCUUUCCUCUUUCUUGUGUGACUUCACGUAUGCACACUGUGUCGCUGGUCCUCACAGCAUGUGCCACUUAUUGGACCAUGAUGUUUCAUAACCCAUCCACCACUUCUUCUGUCACAGUGCCACAUUUUUCCCCCCCCGUCAUCCCAGCAGGUCUUUUCUUCCAGGUUUCUAGUCGAGCUAGUGUCAGACAUUCAAGAUUUUGGGCUUUCUCGAACAUGCUGUACCAAUAGCCCUGACCCUACUGGUUUACAAAGCUGCCUUUCAACAUGCUGUGUGUCCACUUGUGUUAAGCGAGAGGUGUGUGUGUGUGAGAUUAGGAGGCAUAUUCUAAAGUGUGCAAGCUUUUAAAUUUGAGUGCCGAUCAUAGUAUCUUCUGAUGCAGGGAUCACGCGAGAUUAUGGAUUACUACUUGUUAAUAAGAGGAUGUUUAUUUGCGUCAAGUGUAUGCUGGAAACCAAAAAAAAAAAGUUUUCUGGAGUGCCUGCUCUCCAUGGCCAGUCCUGCUGGUGUUGGAUAUGUUUUAUGUGAGCUAGACUGAAGUGAAGUUGAAAUCAACACGCAUUCAAACAGUGUGGAACAUGGGGGGGCUAGUGUUUUUGUUUUUUGUUUUUUUGUUGGUUUGUUUGUUUUUUUGUUUUGUUUUUCCCUUUUCCCUCUGUCUGUCCUGACAUGAGGUCAGUUUUCACUCUUUUUUUAUUUUUGCCACAGCAUUCGUCUUCGGUUCCUUUUUUCGAUCCUUCCUACUUUGCGCUUCUUCAUACAUUCCAUUUCGAUGUGCCAUGAUUUUCUUGAUUUAUUACCGAUUUUUUCCUUUUGACCGUGCGAGUCAGUACGGCGUAUAUUUAUUUACGUAGUUUUAGUCACAAAGGUUAUAUUUUUAUGGCGUGCGUCUCUUUUUAUCAUCAGGAACAGUAAGUUUAGCUUGUGUAAUCCCACAUGCUGGGUUAAUCAGAUGUUUGAGAGCAGGGAUAGCUGCUAGAUCAGCGUUUUUACACAUUGCUCGGUCGGUUUAAAGCUGGAACGGUGCACGAGGUCACAGCUCAAUACGCCCUUUAAUGAAAGCCGAAUGAUUCUUUACGUUUGUAUGUAUUUGCUAGUAGCCCAAAGUGGGCAUGAAGAACCUGUUUUCAGCAUGCAGGGUUUUUUUUUUUUUAAAGAAUUAGCCAUGUUUUGAAAUCAUUCAGAUCUGAAAAGCGAAGCGUCGUGCCCCAUUACAGCUGAACUCAAUUUCAAGCAGCUGUAUGUGCAUUACUGUGAGAGCAGUGACGUGUGUUAGACCUCUGACUGUGUCAUGAUGCCAAGCAUCUUAAGCCCAGAUUUCAGUUAGCUGAUGAGCACUUUCUAUUUCUGUCAUUUAAUUGCUAUUUUGGGAAAGAAAAAAAAAGAGACUAUACAUAAAAGCACUAUAUUGUAUUUUUAUUUAAUUUGGUUGAAAGAUUUAUUUGGAGAUGUCGGUGUUGCACAGCCAUUUAGCAGUGACAUUCUGAGAUAAAGUUUUAUUAGUCUGAGUAAUGGUGCAUGUGUGCACAGUGCAUGCAUACACCAGGUCUGUGUGUGUGGUGCUCGGGAUGGGUGAAAGGGACCUGCUUGCAAUGUUUCAAAUAUCUUUAAAUUACAUCAGAGAUGCUAUUUUCACAGCUUAUAUCUGUUUGAUUUGUCAUACUUGCCUGAAACCAAGGAGAAAAAAAAAUGAGUAUUUUUAAUGCACCCUUUUUUCCAAGCUAUUUUGUAAGAAAAUGGAGGGAAGGAAUGUCCAAAAAAAAAGGUGUAAGACUACCUGAGGGUGAAAACUGGGGCUGUAUCAGGAUGUGGUGCUGAUGGGAGUCCAGCACAAACAAAGGCAGCCAUGUCCUCGGUGUCAGGACCCUCAGGCUCUGACCCUCUGAGCUGAAUGUACCUCUUUAACACGGUCUGUUCCAAAUAAAAAUUAAUCUUUGUAUAAUAAAACUGUUUUGAAAUCAAA